GCGAUUCUCAGUCAUAUUUCACUAGUCGAGAUGGUCGGAUCCUAAUACAGAAACAUUGUACUGAAUGGUAGCUACUAAUGCGAGUGAAUCAUUGACAGUUUGUUGCGCGGUUCACUUCUCGGGUACGGUCCGACCGUAUAAAAUUGGAACCUCGCCAACCGUGUCGAGUUCCGUCGUUGUCGUUGUUAACCGUCGCCGUUGUUGCUCGGUGGCGUGACCAUCUUUCUCGAGUUCACAAUUACUUUUGUGCGUUUUGAGUGCUUUUCUUUGGACAAAUCAUCGAUCAGCUUCACCAGUCAUUCCAGUGUUAAUGGUCAGUGAUAAAAGCUUAUACAAAGUGAAUUGAACAACAAUUGUGACGUGAAUUAGUUGAAAAAAAAAGAACUCGAAAAUCAAUCAUCGCAGUAAAUGCAUCAUACCAAAAUAAACCCGAUUGGGCUUCGAUCGCUAUCUUUAGAUUAAUUGAUCAUCGUGCUGCUGACUUUAUCAGUGAACAUCGUUUACAAAAAUCACACGAAAUGGUCGGCAUCGUAGAAGUGCUGCUGUUUUUGGCCGUUGUUGGUUACUUCUUCAACAAAAGAAGAGGAACCGACAUGGUGGACAUCAUAUCAAAUCGACUGCAGGAAGCAUACGGAUCAUUCCGGCUUCCGAACAUGUUUGGGUCAACAACGACCCAAACAGUGGAAGGUGGUGGGUUCUCAACCUAUGCUAUGCUUAAACGCUUCGGUGAGCAGAAGAAGCGGAAGAGGCAAUCCGAUAAAGACAACGAUCGUAAGAUGCGCGAGGAAAGCCUCUACCAGAUGAAGGAAACAGCUACACCGCACAUCCCACUGGAAAUCAAGCCGCCCACAGGUCUAGUGUGUCGAUUUUGUUCACCCAAUGAAAGUGAACCGCAGCUGGAUCCAGCGGAACGUAGACGCAGUGCUAUAGACAUCUUGCGCGUUACAACUCAUGCCGGCGUUCGAACCAACAGCAACUCGCUGGACUGGGGUGUCUGCUACCCCCAUUUGGCUCAAGCAGCACGAGUUGCCAAGUUUGAUUAUCCGCAAAUGGCUGGAACGGUAAUGUGUGAGGAUCGUGUCCAGCAAGCACUGGAAACAGCUGCCAAGGAGUCGGUUAACGAGAAGCGGCAGGAACUUGGAGAAGCCGAAACCGAGGACUUGUUUGACGAGGAUGCGUUUUACAAUCAAGCAAUGAAAAAUCACGAAAGACGUGCACAAAAGGUUCUCGUCGGUAUGCGAUCCAAACUGUCAGAUUUCGUGCUGCGUAUCACGUCUUGGGUGUUGUACAAAUUGUUACCAUGCUUUAUUUCCGGUGUUGCUGCACAUCCUGGCCAAGUGGACAUGAUUAAACGAGCAAUUGCUAAAAACCCAGAUGCGCCACUAAUCUUCCUCCCGUUGCAUAGAUCCCAUUUGGACUAUAUUAUGGUUAGCUUCAUUUUACUUAACAACGACAUCAAGUGUCCAUUAGUGGCCGGAGGUGACAAUCUGAGAAUCCCGGUGUUUGGUAAUAUUCUCCGCUAUGAUGGAGCUUUCUUUAUCAAGAGAAAAAUCGAUCCAGUAACCGGUAAAAAAGAUCACGUGUAUCGAGCCAUUUUGCACACCUACUUGCAGAAGUGUUUGACCGCGGGUCACAAUGUGGAGUUUUUUAUCGAAGGAGGACGCACCAGAACAGGCAAACCCUGUAUGCCAAAGAGUGGAAUUUUAUCAGUUAUUGUUGAUGCACUGAACGAAAAGAGCAUCACCGACGCUCUCCUUGUACCAGUUUCAAUCAACUACGAAAAGCUGGUCGAUGGUAACUUCGUGCGUGAACAAUUGGGCCAGAAGAAGGUCCCGGAAAGUUUUUCUUCGGCAGCUUCCGCUAUCAUGAAGGUUUUGAAAGCACGCUACGGUCUCAUGCGAAUUGACUUCAACGAACCAUUCUCACUUAGUGAACUGGUUAAAUGUCUUCGCCAGUCUGAAACAGCAUUCCACCACGCACCAGAAGUAAGGCGUCUUCAGCACAAAGCAUCUUCGUCAUCACUUUUCGGAACGGAUGUUGUCCAAGAAGAGCAGGAACUGCGAACCCUGGUCGAUAACAUUGCGCGCCACGUAGUUUACGACUGCGCCAAGGCUACAUCGGUUAUGACCACAAAUGCAUUGGCUUUCCUGUUGCUCAAUCGUUUCCGCGACGGUGCGCCAAUAUCUAUGUUAAUAGAGGCAUUGGAUGAAUUGCGUGCCAUUCUGAACUUGAGCUCACGGGAUCUAGGUUUCACAGGCACUUCAGAGGAUGUAAUCAAGUAUGCUGCGGAUCUCCUUGGACCAGGGCUGGUUACGAAGCAGCAACGCGGUAGCCAGCUGUUCAUACGUCCAAUUACGAUGGUACCGAAUGUGAUCGAAUUAGCAUAUUACUCGAACAGCCUGAUUCCGCACUUCGCUUUGGACUCGAUAAUGAUUAUUUGUGCAACCCUGCUGCUACGGGAAGCCCAACAGAAGUGCCAACAAUCGAAACAGUCCAUCGACAAUGUCAGUAUUGGUCGACAGAAGCUUUUCCGCACAUGCUUGGAGUUCUGCGACAUGCUAAUGUACGAGUUCAUCUUAUCUAAGCCUUGCCAAAAUCUCGAAACGUUAUUACAGGACUGUUUUGAUCAACUUUGUAUUCGGGGGCUGCUGGUGCAACCGGAGAUCGAGUAUACUGAAGAGCAACUGCACGCUCGCCGGAUAGCAGCCCGCAUCGAGUUAGAAGAUCUGGACGAUGGUGUCACUAGUGAGGAUGACUACUUCAGCGAAGGUGCCAGCGACCCCUUCCAGGAGGAAGACGAAACUAGAGUGUAUCUGCCAGCCGAGAAGCACUGUGAGCGUAUUGUACUGCAGUCAGUGCUGGCACCCUUCACUAGUACCUAUGCCGCCGUGGCAUCCUGCUUGCAGAGUCUAGUCGGAGCUAAUGCAGUGAUUGAGGGAAAUUUCAUCAAACAAUGCAUACAGAUGAUUACCGAUCGUGUUGAUCGCGGCGAGUGCAAGUAUGGUGAAAGCAUAUCCACGGAUUCUGUGCGGAACUGUUUAAAAGUGCUCGAGAAACGAUCCUACAUCGAAAUCAGUAACAACAAAGGAUCCCGAAUUGUGUCACUAGCGCCACAGUACGACUCCACGCUGGAAGUGCAGAGCAUUAUCCGGUCGGUUGAAAAGUUCGUCCCAAUCUAGUUGGGUCGGUUCGGUCGGCUAUCUAUUGAGGAACGUUGGAUGAGACAUAUUCCUAGAGACCGAGAGACUGCUGUAGUACGAACGAGACGAGGAAGUACCAGGGAUUUUCAGGUAAUUGUAGUUUGUGACAUACAGGCAUUUGUUCCUCCGCAGAGUUUGUAAAAAUUUUCAUAUCAGAAAGUAGCUGAAUUUUGGAAGCCCCAGUCGACGCUAAAAAAUUAGAUAUGUAACAUGUACAUUUUCAAGUUUUUUUUUUCAUUGAAUUGGAGACCUUUGUUCAGAGAAUAUUCUCCAUUCUAAAACAAGUGAGAAAACUAAAAGUUGUUCUCGUAGUUAUAAUGUGCAAACAAUAUUAGGUACAUAAAGAGAUAUAUCUGCAAUGAUUAA